GGCGCGCGGGCGGGGGGCGCGGGCCGGCCGGCCAUGGCGUUCCGCAGGCGGGCGCGAAGUUACCCGCUCUUCAGCCAGGAGUUCGCGCUGCACUACCACGCCGACAUCUGCUUCUGCCUGGUGCUCUGCGUCCUCGUCGGGCUCAUGUUCGAGGUCACCGCCAAGACUGCCUUCCUAUUUAUCUUACCUCAGUAUAACGUCAGUGUGCCGACAGCAGACAGCGAGACCGUGCACUACCACUACGGGCCCAAGGACCUGGUCACCGUCUUGUUCUACGUCUUCAUCACCAUCAUCCUGCACGCGGUGGUGCAGGAGUACAUCCUAGAUAAAAUCAGCAAACGACUUCAUCUCUCCAAGGUCAAGCACAGCAAGUUCAACGAGUCUGGGCAGCUGCUGGUCUUCCAUCUCAGCUCGGUGAUAUGGUGCUUCUACGUGGUGGUGACGGAAGGAUAUCUGACCAACCCCCGGAGCCUCUGGGAAGACUACCCGCACGUGCACCUCCCCUUCCAGGUGAAGUUCUUCUACCUGUGCCAGCUGGCCUACUGGCUGCACGCGCUCCCCGAGCUCUACUUCCAGAAGGUUCGGAAGGAGGAGAUUCCCCGCCAGCUGCAGUACAUCUGCCUGUACCUGGUGCACAUCGCCGGAGCGUACCUCUUGAACCUCAGCCGCCUGGGCCUCAUCCUGCUGCUCCUGCAGUAUUGCACCGAGUUCCUCUUCCACACGGCCCGGCUCUUCUACUUUGCCGACGAAAACAACGAGAAGCUGUUCAGUGCCUGGGCGGCCGUGUUCGGGGUCACCCGCCUCUUCAUCCUCACCCUCGCCGUGCUGGCCAUCGGCUUCGGACUGGCGCGGAUGGAAAACCAGGCCUUUGACCCCGAGAAGGGGAAUUUCAACACCUUGCUGUGCAGGCUCUGCGUGCUGCUGCUGGUCUGCGCCGCCCAGGCCUGGCUCAUGUGGCGCUUCAUCCACUCGCAGCUGAGGCACUGGCGCGAGUACUGGAACGAGCAGAGCGCCAAGCGGAGGGUGCCCGUCGCCCCCCGGCUCCCCGCCAGGCUCCUCAAGAGGGAAUCAGGCUACCAUGAAAACGGAGUGGUGAAAGCGGAGAACGGCACCUCCCCACGGACUAAGAAGCUCAAGUCUCCUUAAGGCCAAAGCGCUGAGGGGGCCACUUCUGCCCCCGCGGCUCCGUCCCAAACAGCAGAAACCCGUCUUGGAUCGUUUUUUUCCCCUUUUAUUCUAUUUUUUUUUUUUUGGCUCUCUCCUCCUCUUCUGCCAUCAGAUGUUGCCAAUAAAACCAAAACUGUCCCUCCAGCUGCCCCGUGCCUCCCCCGUCCCUGGGGCUCCUUGAUGCUGCCUCCUCGUCCUCCUCCUUGUCCUCCUCGUCCUCCUCCUCUUCCUCCUCCACCGCCACGGCUGCUGCUUUUUCUCCUUGAACUUGCCGGACGGCAGCGUCCCCGGCUGUGACUGGGACGGCGACAGGGAGCUGAGCUUGCAGCCCGGGCCCCGUCUGGGUCCGGAAGCCGAGUGCCCAGGGGCCCCUCCCGGGCCUGCCACCGCCGUCGCCGCUGUCGUCGUCGUCUCCUAGGUGCUGAUGAACUGAUGAGACGAGACGCCAGAUGCCAGUUUUGCCCGGCCUGCGGGGCUCUGCGGGCCGUGACAGCCCAGGCCUCCCGCUCUGGGUUGCGUCCACCUGACCCCGGAGGGCAGCGCUGGAUCCGGUGGCCCCACUCACGGAGGCCCCGCCACGACAGCCUGGGGACCGGAGGCCUGUCCGCCGCCGUCCUGGGGGCCACGCUGGAGGAGGGCAGGCGUCUCCCACUCACGAGCCAGAGCAAAGCUUGAGCGAGCAUCGGGCAACGGCCUGUCCCGACAGGGCAGCGGGGCUGGGGGGUGGAGGGGCAGCCAAGCCCCCAAGGCAGCGCACCGGCAUCCAGCAGUGACCCCAGCCGCCGACGGGCUGGCCCGGGAGCACAGACCCGGCCUCCAGGCCCGUUCUCGGAAUCUUCCGUCUCUCGUGGCCAGUCCUGGGCUCCAGGGAGGCGUCGUCUGAGCCUCCGGCCUCACGUGACCACUUGUGGCCCCACUGCCUCAGUGGUUCUCAUCCCGAGGGGCACCCACCGCCCACCCCCACCCCGGCACGCCCGCCCUGCCCCACUCCCCCAAAGACAAGGCCUCCACGUCCUUUCAGUGCCUUGCGAGGACUUCGAGAGACAGACGCCCGGUUUUCCCGAGGCCCGAACCCGAGCUGCCCUGGCCUGGCCUGAGCUGUGCCGGGUGGGAGGCCGCACACCACACGGGGACCGUGGUGUCCUCCGCAGGCCGGUCCUCGUUCUGACAUCACAGCGGAAACCAAACCCGGGAGGAUGCUCGCCCGCCAAGGGGGAGACGGGGCUUCUCGUCAAGGCAGCUCCCCUUCUCCACACACCCCCGGCACCAGAGAUAAAACAUUCGUUCGCACCAGCUGGUCCUCGUGGACGUCAUCUUCUCCGCCCAGGACGAGGCCGCGCGCACCGAGCGGAUCGUGGGCUCCGAGAAACGCGCCUUUUCUCCCUCUGCCUGCCUGCCCGCCCGCCCAUUCCCCGACGGUGCCGUGCCGCGGAACCCCGAGCCCGGGGUGGCUUGGAGCAACCCAGGAAACCGGACUUGGAGUCUCUCGGCUGCCCGUUUCUGUCCUGUCUGUCCCCUGCCCGUGCCUGUGACUGCUGAUGGGAAAGGGGGGCAGUUGGAUGCUCCCCGGAGUGGCCUUCCUCCCUGCACCCCGUGGCAGGGGCCUUCUGGGGGGCAGCCGCCCUCCUCCCGCUCAUAGUUGCCCGCCGACAGGGCACACGGCGUCACCGUCCCUCAGUCCGCUACUCCCAGCAUCCCCGCUGCGCCCCCCCCGCCCCCCCCAAUUCCCGGAGAACAGGCUGGUUCUGGGGUGCCCGAGUGAGCACGGGUGGGGAGGGCGGGGAGGGACCGAGUGAGGGCCGAGGCCUGGCAGGCUGGCGGAGGCAGCGCGGCUGACUCCUGGCGUUCCCGUGAGCCUGCUGGGCUGGCCGGCCCCACCUGGCCCCUGCUCCUGCCACCCCUCCCGGGGGCCAGGCUGCCUGUCGCCAGCUCCCAGACGCUCCUCGACCACACCCCCGAGCGCGCAGCAGGUGCGGGCGUGUUGGGCGGGAUGGAAUGGUCCCGUGGUCCCCGUCGCUCCUUGGAGGCGCGGUGACGGGAAAGUUGAUUUUGUCAUCCAGGGGCCGAGAGCGGCGUUACUACCUUCUGAGGGAAGGGGUGUUUCUGGGGGAGGUGAGAGCCAAGGCCAGUUGGCUCCGGCCUUUGCUGUGUCCGGGCGAGGCGGAAUGUGCCAGCCCCGGGGACACUCCAGUGGCCCGUGGCACCUCCGUGGGUGGGUGCUUCUUGACCCUCGGAGUCCCUCAGACCCUCAGGCCUCCUGGGUCCAGGGCUGGGAGCCCGGGGAUGCGACCUCUGGCGUUCCUUCUGCCUCAGAACCAACCCCAGGUCCUUUCUCCAGCGGGGAGAGGCCAAGCGUGCACCCCACCCCCAGAUCCACAACCGAAAACUCGCGUCCUCGGGGCCCGAUCUUGAUUCCAGGUCGCUUGCAGGGCGCGCACAGCCGGCAAGGCUGGCGUGACCGCGGGCUUCCUGCCGAGGCUUCUGCGUGCCUGGGCUGGGGCGGGAGAGGGAGCGAGGCCUGGACAGUGUGUGCCCGCGUGGCAGAGCCUUGUGUGUGUGUGUGUGUGUGUGUCAGAAGUGCCUUAGUAAGUGCCUGUGACCUUCCGGCCUUGCUUGUCCUGUGUCCAGCCGCCAGGGCUCCGGGGCUGCUUGUCCGCUGUGGCCAAAGGGGCCCGGGCCCCACUUCCGUUACGAGUCUGAAAGACAAGGGCUGAGGCCAUCGGGCCUCCUCUUUCUCAGCCUCCUGCCGCCCCCCCCGGGGGGCCGUGGGGCUCUGGCUCCUUCCGCCUGGUUUCAGGGCCCCUGCCCGCUGAGCCUCACUCUUCCAGGGCCCCCCAGGAUGCAAAGAAGAACAGGCCGCCUCGCUCUCACCACCUCCCCUCUGCUUGGUCUCCUACCCCACCCGGAGCCGGCUUGCUCAGGGUGUGGCUUUUCCCCUUCCGGGUCAGGCCCGAGCGUUUCUGCCCACACCCAUCCCUGGGUCCGUCCGCGUCUCUGCCGCAUCUGGGGCCCUGACUCGGCGUCUCCCGUCUGUCUUCUGCGCUGCCUCCCCUCACCCACUCGCCUGCCUGUUUCCUGCUCUUCCGGGUCGUGCAAUAACUCCCCGCUGGUGGGCUUGUCUUUCCUCCCCACCUCCUGGUCCCUUCCAAGGGCCAGCAGCUGGGGAGGGGAGCGGGGAGGGUCAGCGUGCCCCACGGGCCACUCCCCAAGUCGGCCACUCCCCAGAGUCACCAUCUUCCCCUGAGCCCAGGGGCACUCUGGUAGAACACACAGCGUCAGCUUAGAAGUCCACCUGUAUCUAUGUCUGUAUUUUAAUCUGUUGAAAAGGAAAGAAAAAACAAAAAAAAACCAUCCCCGUGGCAGGGCGUGAAAAUCUCUGUCUCUGUCCGGGGAGGGACUGAAGCCUGAACGCGUCUGCAGUUUCUCGCUCACGGGAAGGGGUUGCAGACUGACUCCCGGAGAGCCCGCCGGGCGCUGGCCAAGCCCUGCUCACGGGAAAGCAUCUGGCGGCGGGGUAGGUACCCCCCCCACACACACACCCGUGGGUACAGAGUCGAGUGUUUAUGUGCUGAUGAUAAACCUCAUUUUUCAGUUCCUCUUGUUUAAUAAGACAGCCGGAGGGAGCACUGAGUGAGGCUGCUGGUGCCCUGAGCAACGCAGAAUGCAAACGUGGACACACUCUUUGGGUUUUUCUUCUUUAGUGUUCGUGAUAUGGACCAAAUUUCAACAAGGAACUCAAGGAACAUUCGUUACCUGCCGUAUUUAUGCCUUCAUGCAAAAGGGUCGUUCGUGUUUUCU